CGAGACAACAAAUCUCCUCCUCUUCCUCUCCGUAUCCGCAUCAGUCCAUCACCUUCAAUGGCGGCGGCGGCGGCUGCUGCCACCUCCUUCACCACCCUCGCCGUCGCGCGUUCGGCGGGGCAGCGGUCCCUCCUUGCCUCCAAGGCCGCACCUUCGCCGCUCCUCUCCCUCCGUGGCGCCCGCAUCCCCUCGCAGGCCGUCUCCUUCUCCGGGGGCCUUGCGGCGUCGCCCUCUCACAGCCGCGCGCGCUUCGCUACAUCCGCCAGCGCCGAGCCCAAGGAAGCAGAUCUUCAGUCUAAAAUCACCAAUAAGGUGUAUUUUGACAUAAGCAUUGGGAACCCUGUGGGGAAGAAUGUUGGGAGGAUUGUCAUCGGCUUGUAUGGGGAUGAUGUUCCACAAACAGCAGAGAACUUUCGUGCUCUUUGCACUGGAGAGAAAGGGUUUGGAUACAAGGGAUCCAGUUUCCACCGUGUCAUCAGCGACUUUAUGAUCCAGGGCGGAGAUUUUGACAAGGGCAAUGGUACCGGUGGGAAAAGCAUAUAUGGACGCACUUUCAAAGAUGAGAACUUCAAAUUGGUUCACACUGGACCUGGAGUGGUCAGCAUGGCUAAUGCUGGACCGAACACCAACGGCAGCCAGUUUUUCAUUUGCACUGUCAAGACGCCUUGGUUGGAUGGAAGGCAUGUCGUGUUUGGCCAGGUCGUGGAAGGGAUGGAUAUUGUAAGGCUGAUCGAGUCACAGGAGACUGACAGAGGUGACCGUCCGAAGAAGAAAGUAGUCAUCAGCGAGUGCGGGGAGCUUCCAGUGGUCUAAGCGUUACUCAUCUGUUGUCCGUUUCACUUCUGACGGAUGACGAUAUCCCCCCCCCCCCCCCCCCCCCCCCCCAUCCCAUGUGCUAAUUAUAGAGAAUAUUUCGAAUUCAAGUAAGGUCCCAAAUCUGAGGCAUACUGUUGCUGCCCUGCUGGAAUAAAUGUGCUACUUUCCCCUGCCUUGUUAAGGGAAAGGGUUUUGUUCACGAUGUUACCUUGUAACCUUGUACUUAUGUUUCAUACUUGGAAUGAAGGUUCAUGGAACAAAAAUAUUCUGCUGCA